AUGGCGUUUAGAACCAUGGUUGUUCCGAUAUUUGCUUUGAUAACGGUAUUGUUAGAGAUUCAGAUAGGCUUAUCGGCGGAGAUUAGCCGUGCUGAUUUUCCACAUGGAUUUACUUUUGGCACCGCUUCUUCUGCUUUUCAGUAUGAAGGAGCUGUGAAAGAAGAUGGAAGGGGACCAUCUGUGUGGGAUACCUUUUCUCAUACUUUUGGCAAGAUAACAGAUUUCAGCAAUGCUGAUGUUGCAGUCGAUCACUACCACCGAUUCGAAGAAGACAUACAACUCAUGAAGGACUUGGGGAUGGAUGCCUAUAGGUUUUCCAUUUCUUGGACUCGGAUUUUCCCCAAUGGAUCUGGCGCGAUCAAUCAGGCAGGAAUUGAUCAUUAUAAUAAAUUCAUCAAUGCAUUACUAGCAAAAGGAAUUGAACCAUAUGUGACACUCUAUCACUGGGACCUACCUCUAGCCUUGGAUGACAAGUAUAAGGGAUGGCUCAGUACUGAGAUCAUAAAGGACUUUGCAGCUUAUGCUGAGACAUGCUUUCAGAAAUUCGGAGACAGGGUGAAGCACUGGAUCACAUUUAAUGAGCCACAUACAUUUACCACGCAAGGAUAUGAUGUUGGUUUACAAGCGCCCGGACGGUGCUCUAUUCUCUUUCAUUUGUUUUGUAAAGCAGGAAAUUCGUCUACUGAACCUUACAUUGUUGCUCACAAUGUCCUACUUACUCAUGCAACAGUAGCAGAUAUUUAUAAGAAAAAGUAUAAGAGUAUACAAGGUGGAUCGCUUGGAGUAGCUUUUGAUGUCAUUUGGUAUGAGCCUGCCUCAAACACUAAAGAAGACAUUGAAGCAGCUCAGAGAGCUCAAGAUUUUCAGCUAGGCUGGUUUCUUGAUCCUUUGAUGUUUGGAGAUUAUCCAAGUUCAAUGAGAAGCCGAGUAGGAAACAGGCUGCCAAAAUUUUCUCCAUCUGAGACUGCUCUUGUUAAGGGCUCACUAGAUUUUGUUGGAAUCAACCAUUACACCACAUUUUUUGCAAGAAACAAUUCUACUAAUAUAAUUGGAACUUUGCUCAAUGACGCUAUUGCAGACUCUGGUACCAUUACACUUCCAUUCAACGGCACUAAAGUUAUUGCAGAAAGGGCAAAUUCGAUAUGGUUAUAUAUUGUGCCACAAAGUAUGAGAACCUUAAUGAACUACGUCAAACAAAAGUAUGGGAACCCUCCCGUCUUUAUCACCGAAAGUGGAAUGGAUGAUCCGAAUAGUAUAUUUAUCUCCCUUAAAGAUGCUUUGAAAGACGAGAAACGGAUUCGAUAUUAUAGCGGCUAUUUAUCUUAUCUACAUACAGCUAUCAAAGAUGAUGGUUGCAAUGUGAAAGGAUAUUUUGCUUGGUCAUUGCUGGAUAAUUGGGAGUGGGUAGCUGGAUAUUCUUCAAGAUUUGGUCUCUAUUUUGUUGACUACAGAGACAACUUGAAGAGAUACCCUAAACAAUCUGUUCAAUGGUUUCAGAACUUUCUGAAACCAAAACCAGCUAAAUAG